UUACAUCAGACGUCCAUCUCAACAUGUGGAUACAGCCUCUCGCAUCUCUAAACAAAUAUUGCGUCUUUGAGAAGGAUUUCAUAUUUAGAUCGAUAUUCGCCUGUUGCCCUUCUUGAUUAAAGGGCUUCCUAGGUUUUUAAGGCUAGACCUAUUUGGACGCGAUGCCGAAAGGGAAGAAGAAAUCCAAGUCGGGUGGCACCCUUCGGGGAUCCCGGCUUGAGGCCGGACUGGCACCCUCGAGCAGCGACGACGAGUCCAACGCUGACACAGCCAGCGUGCUCAGCUGUGCGUCAGAAUCUCGAUGCGGCAGUGACAGCACUGUUGGUGAGGCAGAUGUUGAGGAUGGCGGUGUGCUUCACGACGACUUUGAAGACAAACUUAAAGAAGCAAUUGAAGGAACAUCUCAAAAAAGUGCCAAAGGUCGCCUCUCAUGCCUGGAAGCCAUUCGCAGAGCUCUGUCCAACAGAUACCUGUACGAUUUUCUCAUUGAACGGCCAACAACUGUUUGCGACUUCGUGGAGCGUGGCCUGCGCAAAGGUCGAGGCGAGGAGCAGGGUGUGUCAGCCACCCUGGCCGCUCUGGCCUGUGUUCACUACGGGGCCGGCGAAGAGGCGGCUAGCCUGUUUCAGACAUUGCUUCAGCCGUUGACCACUCUGCUCUUAGACACAGCGCAACCUCCAUCAGUGCGAGCAAAGUGUGCAACAGCCCUUGGCCUUUGCUGCUUUGUGGCAGAGUCGGACAACUAUACAGAGGUGCAGAGGUGCAUGGAAUCUCUGUGGCAGGCACUGUCAGGGGCCAAACCAUCGACCGGCAACAGUCCCACCACUGUGGUGCACAGUGCGGCUCUCUUGGCUUGGGGUCUCCUGCUCACCGUGGCACCUCUGGACAGGCUGUUGGCACAGGCCAAGAGCAACAUGGGCCGCCUUCAGGAACUGUUGGAGAGCUCGGAUCUGGACUUGCGAAUCGCGGCCGGCGAAGUCAUUGCCAUCAUCUAUGAAGUGGCCAGGGAUUAUGAUGACAAUUUUGAGGAACCAUCAGACGACCUUUGCAACCAACUACGGCAGCUUGCCACCGACAGCCAAAAGUUCAGAGCGAAAAAGGAGCGUCGUCAACAACGCUCCACUUUCCGCGAUGUCUACCGGGCAGUCCGUGAAGGCUCCUCACCAGACAUCAGCGUGAAAUUUGGCCGCGAAGUUCUCGAGCUGGACACCUGGAGCCGUAAGCUGCAGUACGAUGCCUUCUGCCAACUGCUGGGAUCAGGCAUGAACCUCCACCUAGCUGCGAACGAGCUCUUGAGGGACAUUUUCGAAUUAGGUCCUGUAAUUGCGGCUGAAGACCACAUCAUUUCAAAAAUAACAAAAUUUGAGAGGCACAUGGUGAACCUUGCCAGCUGUCGGGCCCGCACGAAGACCCGUAACAGGCUGCGUGACAAGAGGGCCGACGUGUACGCCUGACGGCAGCUACGGAUUUCAAGAGGGCGACCUCGUCUUCCUUCCUGGCAGCGUCUCAAAAUUUUUCUCUUUUUCUGGGAGAUGCUAACACCCACUUAUCGAGGGCACUUUGAAAAUCGGUCUCGGGCGCAUGGUCCUUUUUACGGCGCAAUCAGGCUUGCCAGACCGUCGCAGGACAUCCGGUCGUAGCAGUCGUCGCUUCCCCAUCCUGCGACCCUCUUCGAACCACCAUCGGUGCUUGCAUGCUUUCUUGCAUUCCUGGGAAACGGGCUCGGCGUCGCAAAUCGAGAGAGCCAGCGUUGAAAGCCACCACACACGCUGUUAGAAGAAAAAGAAAAAAAAAAAUACGAGGCUGUAGCGUGUAAGCGAGUCAAGGUCAAAUACUAGUUCUGGUCCGAGUAUUUAACUGUCACUCGACGUAUUUAUAACGCUUUCUUUUGCAUGUAUUCAACUAGUAUAUACAAACCGCUGAUGCAGUUAAAUUAUGUGCAUUGAGUCUAGAGUCCCCAAUUUUGUAUCGAUUUGCUCGGUUACAAUGCAGUGCAAGUGCUUUUUAGCAGUAGAUGCGGCGGUUGAAGACUGGCUGUUGAAUGUGCUGUCGUGGUUUUUCCAGAAAGUAACCUCGAGCAUUGGCCGGUGCAGCAAAACUGGCCUGGCGGGAAUGCGGUCAGUGGAUCUGUGAUACUUGUUUUCGGUGACGUGGAGUUGUAAACUCGACUGGGCACUGCCACAAAUAGGUGCACGUCGUGUGCGCUUUGGUGAAGAAUAAAAAAAAAAGUUUGUUGCCUGUACAGCAAAAUAGAUGUGCUAGCUUGCUUGUUAGGUGCAGUUCUUCGUGCUUGCGUGGGAGCAGCAAUGUUUUUUUUUUGGAAUGCGAAAAUUUGAAAAAUGGUUCCGGUUAACAGCCGGAGUAAUUGAAGAUGAGACAAGACACGUCACUAAACUGUCAACUUGUUGCCCAGUGUUGGCUUUGUGGAGAUGCAUGCAGAGCUGUUUGCAAUUCUAACAUUGUUCUGGCCAUCCAAUGUACUGAACUUCGAUGAUUUUUUUUUCCAAGUCCAAUGCCCUGAAAAAGUUUCGUAGUUACGGGUACAAACCAGAGACCCUGCAUUGUAUAGCCCGCUUGAUAAACAGUGGCCUUUUUGUUCGUUCAUAUUUUUUUACUGUUCAAACGAUUUAUUUGUUGCUCAGCAACCCAGAAUGAUUUUGUUUUGGGUUAUGCACAGUAGUAAGGCACUUUUAAAAUAAUGUUCCAUGCCGGUGGCAAAUCUUCGCUUUAAAAAGUAUGUGGCUGUUCAUUUAUACGGUACUGAUGGUACAGGUUGACAGCGUGACUUGCGUAGCGCAACUCUUCCAACACAUAUCGCCGGGCCAGAAAAUUCAAAGCUGCUUUCAUGAGCUCAAGGAGGUGACCAUGUGACUCACAAUCGAUAGGCAUUGGAUUGCGCAAAUGGGCAAUGUCGCGUGUGCUCUGGCUUGUAAAUUGACCUUCGGGUCUUUUAGCGAGUGGACGCGUUCUUAUGCUAUGGUGUGUAGAUAUCUUUUUAUUAUUUGUUGGUACGCAUCUAGUCUUCAGAAAAGCCGUCUAUUUUGAAAUAAAAAAAAAUAAUGCAGUUCUAUGCAAGGCACUUGCAUGUUUCCAAUCAUGAAAAAAAAAAGUAAAAACCAUUUUGGGAGCAACGAAUGUACAGUCGUGUAAAAAAAGGAAUACGAACAAAGGGCAGCUCAAACGUUUAGGUCUGCAGGUGCAUUUGAUAUUAAAGCAUGUACACUUAGUUUUUUAAUAGUAUUAUAAAUUUUUGGCGACUACUACAUGAUAACAGUGUUCCUACGAAAAGGGGACGUAGACAGCGGAUGUAGAUUGUGUAGGCCUAAACUGGAUAGAGCUGCAUGUGCACACUGCAGGCAAAUUAUUUUUUACGGUGACUGUGCACCAAAUUUUCUUUAUUAGCAUCGACGUAGCCUCAGAGCAUUGGCAGAUUGUUUCGCGAUAUGUACUUUUGUGCACUCUUUUAAUUUACGGGGACUUGUAUUUGUGUACAGUUUUUUUGUUGUUGUUUUGAACGAAAAACUUUUUUUGUGUUGCUUUUAUUUUUAAGAUAUCUUGUUGCCUUUUGCAGAUGAUGCUUGUUUAAGAUGUUUUUUAAUGCCAUUUUCAUUCUUUUGUCUGCACAGGCGCCCUGCGAAAUGCUCUAGCAUCGCCUUGGUGUGCAGAUUUAACUUGUUUGUACAUGUUUGUGAAAAAGGACUUUGUCUAUAGUAAAAUGCCUGGAUGUUUCCAUUGACC